UCAUCUCUGGUAUGAAUAGUGGGGUAGUUGAUUUUGAACGUAUUAAACGUUUUAAAUGGUGUGAGCGGUGUGAGUACAGGCAAAUGUUAUGUCAUUGAUUGAUUUCGGUUCGUAGUUAGUGCCCUUCUUCACGUAAUUAGUUACAUAAUUAGUAAUGAACUAGGUAAUGUAACAACAUGCUUUUCAAACUUCUUACAGUUACUGUAUUGACAAUCUCUACUGCCAACAUUUUGUAGCAGUCAUGCAUUAAGUACACCACCUGUCACCAUAUUCUGAAGGAUCGCAGUAAAACACGCUGAUGCAAAAAAUGAGAAAGAAAGGUAGAGUUUUACGUGAACGUCCUCCCCAUGAUCAGCCGACAGCCAGGGACUUAAGGUCCAGAAAGGAACACAUUACUCCCCAUCAGAUUCGAUCUGGAAUCCUUAAGGAUGAAUCUUUACCUACUGAGCGGAGUCUGCAGACUGAUAAAAGCAUGGUUCACCAUUUGGAUUCUGUGGCAGCAUCCGCAGAGCACAUUAGGCCACGGCGCUUGCUGGAUGAAUACACAGAUGUGUCGAGCAUUGCAAUGACAUCUGGAUGGACAGAGUAUCUGGAUCGGACUUACCACCUUCAUUCGGCCAAUAAAAGUCAGGCUUCAGUAUCUGGUGGUAGUUCUCUUAUUGAACAAAGCGGAAAGUUGGAAGAAAUGUUGAAGUCACCUAAUAAACAACCACACUUUCUACGUCAACGUAAGAAUGUUGUACAGAAGGAUGUUGGUGCUGCAGUGUUUGGGGCUGCAUUCACCAGUCCCAAAGCCCAGAUUUCAGCUGUGUCCCUAUCACAGCCGAAGAGAGUUGGUGAAAUUUCUGUGGAAGGUCUUGAAGAGACUAGUCCUAUACUUAGUCGACCAUUCAAGAGGAGAAGAAAUGUGAAAGCAAACCCAUCUGCUUUUGAAGAAGCUUUUAAAGAUUUUAUUCUCUCUCAAACAGAUUCUACGCAUGCUGUCACAGACAGACUUGAAGAAUCGAGGCAAAUGAGUGCAGUUUUAUCAACGCUAUCACUUCAGAGUAAAAAGUCAGUAAAUGAACAUGUUGAUACAAUGGAACAAGAGAUUAAUAAAAGACACUCUGAGUUGGCGACCCAGCAAAGGCAAACAAAGGAUACAAGGUUGUCUGUCCAAGCAAUUCAGAAUAACAGGUCAAGAAAUGAACACGUUGAUAUACUGGAACAAGAGUCAGACACUCCAUCAAGAUCAGCAUCGUUUAAUAAAAGGCACUCUGAGAUGGCUAGCCCCUCAAGGCAAACAAAGGAUAUAAAUAUGUCAGCUCAAGCACUAAAGAAUAAGAAGUCUAAAAAGAAACACAUUGAUACACUGGAACAAGAAUCAGACACCCCAUCAAGAGCAGCAUCGUUUAAUAAAAGACACUCUGGGUUGGCUGGGCCCUCAAGGCAAGCAAAGGAUGUAAAGUUGUCUGCCCAAGCAAUUCAGAAUAAAAAGUCAAGAAAUGAACACGUUGAUACAGUAGAACAAGAGUCAGACACUCCAUCAAGAUCAGCAUCAUUUAAUAAAAGACACUCUGAGUUGGCUGGGCCCUCAAGGCAAACAAAGGAUGCAGAGUUGUCUGCCCAAGCAAUUCAGAAUAAAAAGUCAAGAAAUGAACACGUUGAUACAGUGGAACAAGAGUCAGACACUCCAUCAAGAUCAGCAUCAUUUAAUAAAAGACACUCUGAGUUGGCUGGGCCCUCAAGGCAAACAAAGGAUGCAAAGUUGUCUGCCCAAGCAAUUCAGAAUAAAAAGUCAAGAAAUGAACACGUUGAUACAGUGGAACAAGAGUCAGACACUCCAUCAAGAUCAGCAUCAUUUAAUGAAAGGCACUCUGAGAUGGCUAGCCCCUCAAGGCAAACAAAGGAUGAAGAGUUGUCUGCCCAAGCAAUUCAGAAUAAAAAGUCAAGAAAUGAACACGUUGAUACAGUGGAACAAGAGUCAGACACCCCAUCAAGAUCAGCAUCAUUUAUUGAAAGGCACUCUGAGAUGGCUAGCCCCCCAAGGCAAACAAAGAAUACAAAUAUGUCAGCUCAAGCACUAAAGAAUAAGAAGUCAAAAAAGGAACAUGUUGAUACACUGGAACAAGAGUCAGACACCCCAUCAAGAUCAGCAUCGUUUAAUGAAAGGCACUCUGAGUUGGCUGGGCCCUCAAGGCAAGCAAAGGAUGCAAAGUUGUCUGCCCAAGCAAUUCAGAAUAAAAAGUCAAGAAAUGAACACGUUGAUACAGUGGAACAACAGUCAGACACCCCAUCAGGAUCAGUUUCAUUUAAUAAAAGACACCCUGAGUUGAAGUCCAUGGUUAUACUAAGUGGCCCCUCAAGUCAUUCUGGAGAGAAGGAAUGGAGAAAAAUGCAUAACUCUGGCAAACAGAGGCAGAGCACUUCCAACAGAAGUAUGAAGCCACAAAAUGUUCCUUGGUUCCGUCAGUGGCAGGAGACAGCAGCAGCUUCUGGAAAAACAUGUGCUUUUAACCUGCUCCCCAGGGAAGAGAGGAGUGCAAAACUGGAAGAAUUAGUAACUGAAAUUAAGAGAAAACAGGAUGAGACACUGAAAGUAGACCUGAUGAAGAGCCCUUUUAUCAGCAAACCUGAUGAACCAGAAAAUAUGAAAGUAAUUCUGCCUGUAAAUAAAAAGAAAGUCAGUCUGAAACCAUCGCGUCCAGAUUUGCUAGUGAAUGGAAAACCAUACAGGCCUCGUCUCAGACGUCCCAAAUCAUGGGCUACUCCAAGACUUUAUAAACUCAUCAUUCCAAAGUGUGAAAAGAAAUAUGGGCUUCUGAAAGCCCAUUGCAAAGCAGAAGAAUUUGUUAUAUUUUUAUGUGAAAAGGUAUCCACUGUGAUAAGGCGCAAGAAAUACGAGAAGUAUAAGGGUGUUUUGGAAGAAAUUAAAAGAGCACUUUAUGAACUUGGAGUAAUAAAUUGUCUCAUGGAGUAUUUUGUAUUCAUUGAGGACUAUCUUCCUUUUGAAUAUAGAAUUAAGGCCAUACCAUGCCUCAGAGCAUAUGGACAACGCACUGGACCACCGUUGACCCCAGGUGUUGACUUGUUCGCUGAUCUGGGUUAUUAAGAGAGUUAAAUGUAACCUAUGUUUAAAAAAUAAUUCAUGUUUUUAUACUCUUGAUUUUGUAUGUUUCAUCUGUAAUAUCUACUAUAAUGAAUAAAUAAUAAAA